AAAGGAAGGAAAAAUGUGAAAAAGACAAAAAAGGCCCUACGCGGUGCAUUGGUAUAUAACGAAGGCAAAAUACAAAGAGGGCUUCUCCAUCCUUCUACAAACACUGUGAACCCUAGCCUUCAGAUCCGAUCGCCACCUCAUUUCGCCAUGGCAAGCUUUGACGAAGCACCUCCCGGCAAUUCCAAAACUGGAGAGAAGAUCUUCAAGACCAAAUGCGCUCAGUGCCACACUGUUGACAAAGGGGCUGGCCACAAGCAAGGUCCCAAUUUGAAUGGGUUAUUUGGACGUCAAUCUGGUACAACUCCUGGAUACUCUUACUCUGCUGCCAACAAGAAUAUGGCUGUGAUAUGGGAAGAAAAGACGUUGUAUGAUUACUUGCUUAACCCCAAGAAGUAUAUCCCUGGAACGAAAAUGGUUUUCCCAGGGUUGAAGAAACCGCAGGAACGUGCCGACCUUAUUGCUUAUCUGAAGGAAUCAACUGCUUAAAUGAGAUAUAUAUGAUGCGUUUACCCAUCUAGAAAUUUUUUAGACGUUCCCCCUCAUUAAAUAAGAACAUUGAGGAAAAUUUAGAUGAAACAUACAGAGUAAUCAUCCUGUGGCAAAAAGAGUCGUCUUGUGAAAACCACAAGAGUUCCUUUUCUUUUCAUUAAUCUCUUAUUUUGAAGAGUUAAUCCAUUUGUAGCUUACAUUAUUGUUUGGUGUGAUGAACACUGCUACGAUUUUUUUUUGGCCAAGCUGGUUAUGGCAAUUUAUUUUUCAUAAUAAAUAUCACACUUGUUACAGUCUA